AUGAGCUCAAGGAGGACCUCAAGGAGGAGCUCCAGGAGGAGCUCAAGGAGGAGCCUCAAGGAGGAGCUCAAGGAGGAGCCUCAGGAGGAGCCUCAAGGAGGAGCCUCAGGAGGAGCCUCAAGGAGGACCUCAAGAGGAGCCUCAGGAGGACCUCAAGGAGGAGCCUCAAGAGGAGCCUCAAGGAGGAGCUCAAGGAGGAGCCUCAGGAGGAGCCUCAAGGAGGAGCCUCAAGGAGGAGCUCAAGGAGGAGCCUCAAGGAGGAGCCUCAAGGAGGAGCCUCAGGAGGAGCCUCAAGAGGAGCUCAGAGGACCUCAAGGAGGAGAGCUUCAAGGAGGAAGCCUCAAGGAGGACCUCAAGGAGGAGCCUCAAGAGGAGCCUCAAGGAGGACCUCAAGGAGGAGCCUCAGGAGGAGCUCAAGGAGGAGCUCAAGGAGGAGCCUCAAGAGGAGCUCUCAGGAGGACCUCAAGGAGGAGCCUCAAGAGGAGCCUCAAGAGGACCUCAAGAGGAGCUCAAGGAGGAGCCUCAAGGAGGAAGCCUCAAGGAGGAGCCUCAGGAGGACCUCAGAGGAGCUCAAGAGGAGCCUCAAGAGGAGCCUCAAGGAGGAGCUCAAGGAGGAAGCCUCAAGAGGAGCCUCAAGGAGGAGCCUCAAGGAGGAGCCUCAAGGAGGAGCCUCAAGGAGGAGCCUCAAGAGGACCUCAAGGAGGAGCUCAAGAGGAGCUUCAGGAGGAGCCUCAAGGAGGACCUCAAGGAGGAGCUCAAGAGGAGCCUCAAGGAGGAGCCUUCAAGGAGGAGCUCAAGGAGGAGCUCAAGGAGGAGCUUCAAGAGGAGCUCAAGGAGGAGCCUCAAGGAGGAGCUCAAGGAGGAGCUCAAGGAGGAGCUUCAAGGAGGAGCCUCAAGGAGGAGCUUCAAGGAGGAGCCUCAAGGAGGAGCUCAAGGAGGAAGCCUCAAGGAGGAGCCUCAAGGAGGAGCUCAAGGAGGAGCUCCAGGAGGAGCUUCAAGGAGGAGCUCAAGGAGGAGCUCAAGGAGGAGCUUCAGGAGGAGCUCAAGGAGGAGCUCAAGGAGGAGCUUCAGGAGGAGCUCAAGGAGGAGCUCAAGGAGGAGAUCAAGGAGGAGCUCAAGGAGGAGCUCAAGGAGGAGCUCAAGGAGGAGCUCAAGGAGGAGCUCAAGGAGGAGCUCAAGGAGGAGCUUCAGGAGGAGCUCAAGGAGGAGCUUCAGGAGGAGCUCAAGAAGGAGCCUCAAGGAGGAGCUCAAGGAGGAGCUCAAGGAGGAGCUUCAAGGAGGAGCUCAAGAGGAGCUCAAGGAGGAGCUCAAGGAGGAGCUCAAGGAGGAGCUCAAGGAGGAGCUCAAGGAGGAGCUCAAGGAGGAGCUCAAGGAGGAGCUUCAGGAGGAGCUCAAGGAGGAGCUCAAGGAGGAGCUCAAGGAGGACCUAAGGAGGAGCUCAAGGAGGAGCUCAAGGAGGAGCUCAAGGAGGAGCUCAGUUUGGAGCCUCGAGGAGGACCGGCUGCCUGA